AUGAAAGUUCUUCUGGUCUUUAUCGGCCUUCUACCAUUGGCCAGAGGCUUUUGCUUCAUAUGCUUAGACUGGGUGAGUUCAAUUCUUUUUCUUUUCUAAGUUUGAAAUUAGUAUGUCCAACUUUUGAACAGAGUAUGACUUAUAAUCUCGUUUGAUGUACGAUUUGUAAGAAUCCGUCGUCUUCUUCCUAUCAAGGGAAGUCGCUUUCCUUUGCAGUUGGGAUACCCCUAAAAAAAAAGGCCAGAAAAAAACCCGGUUGAGCCAGAUGAAGAUCCCGAAAUUUUCGAAAUGCUCAACGUGCUAAUUUUCGAGAGAGGGCCCCUCAAAGAAAAAAAAACCCUAAAAAUCCAUUGGAAUGGACAUUUAUGGGCUUUAUUAUUAUCAUCUCGUUUCAUCACGUCGACUAGUCGGUCUCAUUGCCGCUCUCUUGUGGGAUAAUAUUCCGACGCCCGUAGGCCCUGGACAAGUUGGGCGCCGUACUGUUACAACAUGGUGAUGCAGUUUAUUUGCUGGUACCACCAACGGAACCACAUUCUUUCCCAACGCUGGCUGUCACGUCGGGACUUAUUGGACAACGCUUGUGGACCGUAACCCGCGCCGACGACUAACUCUUCGAUUAUACCAUGGUUCAGCAGAGAUUUUCUACAUCUUACUCUGAAGACUGAAUAAAUUGAAAUUGAAAUGUAUGGGUUAUGAGCACUUACAUCUCGAAAAUCGGGAAGUUGUGUAAGUUGAGACUUUUAGAAUUUUUUUUUUGGUAGGAGUUUUUCUGGUCAAUUUUUAGAAAGUUUCCCAACCGCCAAGUAGAAUGACUUCCCUCCUUAUGGAUUAGUAACAAGGAAAUAGGUGAAAUAAGCCCCAGAAAGCCGAACGUCGAUUUUCUUAUGCUCACUAAUGCUGUGACAAAAAAUUGAAUUAAAAUUGUUCAGUGGGCAGCUCAUAAUGUUGAUAGAUAUAUUCCAAAGCCUUUAUUUUCGAACUCAUGAAUCUGUUUCAACUUCAGAACAACGUUACCGAAGGCCGUCAAUAUUUUAGUCUCGUGAAACCUUUGAAACCUGGCGAUGUCAUUAUCAUCAAUGGUGUCGGCAGAUGGAACAACACCAUCAAACAGUUAUGCAUCAUGUCUUUCGCGUCAAUGUCGUCUGAGAAAACAAUUUGAAACUCGCAUCUUCGCAAUUUACAUACUUUAACUUUUUUCUCAACUUUUUGAAGAAAAGUUUCGAAAAUUAUCAUUCAAUAUGCGGAUUUCAGCUUCAUUUUCGACUUGUACGAAGGUAUUCAGACCCCGACUUCAGUUGGCGAAGUGAUUUCUCUUCGAGUCAUUUCUAACUUGGACACUAACAUGAUGGCCUUUAAUACAUAUACGGUAAGACGUUUUUUUUACCAGAAGCCCUCAUGGCCCACGGCAUUCCUAAUGGGGGUGAGGGAAGGUGAGCGAGGCGUCAAAGUUUCUGAAUUUACAGAAAAAAUUUAGUGCGCGCUACGGAUAAAAUGCAUUGAGUAUUAAACGUUAAUAACUUGUUUGUUCGAUCGCCUUCGGCUGAAGUGUAGAUUUAAAAUUUCGCGCCAAAUUUUUUUCUGACGUCUCCCCACCCCGUUUGGGAACACCGUGGGCCAGAGGAGACGCAAAAGUUCACCCGCUGCCGCACGCUUUCUAUAUAAUUCAUUUUAUAUGGAAGGAAGGAAAUUCGGGUCCGCGAAUACUGUUGGGCGGGAAUUGCGCAUACACCAAUCUGGAAAAAGGAUUCUUUCUAAUUUUUGUUGUAAACAGAAGUUGAUGGAGAAUGCAAGCAGAAUGAAUAAAAUUAAGAAUGACGUUCUGCAGCAAAUCCCUGACUGAGUGUAUGCGAAAAAGACUCAUUAUUUGAUGAAAAGUGAGUUUAAUAAAAACCAUACAGUUUAUAUUUGCGGUCGAAAAUCGGCAUCUUCACAAUGAAAUGACAAAAGAAAAAAAAUGGUGUAUGCACAACUCACGCUCACGAAUAUUCGCGGACCCAAAGUUCCAUCCUCAGGCGGAGAACGUAGUGCCAGCGCACAUCUCACUAGGGAACGUUUUUUACCCCCGGUUGAACUUUUGCUGAAACUUUGCUGAAGUGUACUUUAGGAUUCCCUGAUGCCAGAACAGUAAGAAAAUUUAUGGCAAUAGAUCUCGUUUUCGAGUUAGGACACUUCAAAAGCCCGAAAUAGCGCUUUUUUGGCCUAAUUCGCGUAUUUUGCACACUUCGAAGUUCGGAAACAAGAUCUAUUGCGAGAAUUUUUUUUCUCUUCAUCAGGGGUCCCUAAAGUACACUUCAGCAAAGUUUCCGCAAAAGUUCAACCGGGGGCUCAAAAUGAUCCCUGGUAAAAUAAGAAACGGAAGACCAACGCGCAUGCACCAGUUUUGAGAGCACGGUAAACUUAGAGAGACUAGACUCGUAUAGCUGAUUCACGGCUGGCUUGAGCCAUCGAAAAACGAGUCCUGACACGAUAAUACACGACAUAGCGCCUGGCUCGUGGAGAGCGAAGACAAGACACGCCCCUUAGCGUCUCAAGCUAGCCGUGAAUCAGCUAUACUCUCCUCGCUCUGCACACUGUCUGAGGACCUGGGCGCUGGCGCGCCAAAUUUAUAGCCCGUUCACGGCUGGCUUGGGACAGCGAACGGGCGGUUUAACUUUCGCGGUGAAAGUAGAUCAUGACGACUAUCUAUGCGCCUUUCAUAAAAGCCCCAUUUUAUGACUUAUUUAUUUCUGAAUUGUAUUUCGUAUCGGACCUUUUUUUUUAUAAAAACUAAACUAAUUAGGAAAAUUAACAGUCUCCUCUAUCGAAUAGUAUGAUCAACAUAAUUUCUCAAUGAUUUUGAAAAAAUGGCUUGUGGUCCCCAAAUAAAGACAACUGAGUAAACGCUCAUAAGACCAUCUUUACAUCACUAAUUUUUUUUUUCUAUUCUAAGAUCUUUGAAAAAAAAAUUUACAGAAAGGAGGAGCAAACUUCAAGGAGAGUCCCAAGUUGUCUCCUGUGAAACGCGAAACGCCAUUCCAACUCCGAAUUCUGUUUUCUUGCUCAUUUUAUGAAAAAAAAGAAACGUAUUAUUUAAGAGUGCGCGAAGGUGAUUAUCAGAUCUUUUUCGACGACCAGCUUUUCUGGACCUACACCUUCCGUCUGCCAUUCCUCAACACCGUGAAGUCGAUCGGAUUUGAAGGAAUGAAGUUUCCCCGAAAAGCGUAAGUUUCAGUCUUUUAGAAGCCGCAGAAUAAAAAUUAUUCACGAAGAAAUUUGUUUUCAGCGAUUGCCCGAAAGUAUUCGGAACAUUAGAAGAAAGUGAUUCGCAGACAAUUGUGGUAGAAAAUCAAAAUGUCUACGCCGUCUGUGAGUUGAACUCUUCCAAUUUCAACAGAGAGAUCGUACUUGCAUUCGCGUAACAUCUAAUGGUCAUGAAGUAAUUGUCAUAAAGCGCGCCAGACAUGAAACGACUUGCGCGCUAGACAGAAGAGUCAGUCGCCACGCGGCCGCGACGCUUCAAGCCGUCCUGCGUGAGACUAAUAGUAGCGCAAAAAUAUUGGUCAAAAUGCAAUAAAUUAAGAAAAAUCCAUCUUUCCUUUGACAACCUAUCGCACACACCUUCAUUAAAGCACAACUUCAAAAUGACCUUAUAAAAAUCAAAUCUCUCCGUACUAAGUUCCGUGAUUUGAAUCCGCUUUUUUUCUCUGCGCUUUCCUCGUCUUUCGGGGACCCUCUCACCGUUGCCGUGCUAUUUUCAUACUUCCCUGACCUCGACGGCGAGAGAACAGAGAGACGCAGACAUGCGAAAAUUGUCGACUCGCGGUGCCAUUUUCAUAAUUUCUUCUUCUUUCAGACACUUCGCCGACCCAAAUCCUGUCAACUGCUGGCUAG